CGGGGCGUGGCCGCGGCGCCUCCUUUAAGCGUCACGGGGUGGGGUGCGGCUACCGCUGGACACUGGGGUUUGAACAUGUCGCGCUUGAGAGGAGUGGACGCCCGAGAUCCCCGCGCGGGUUUCCGAGCUGAGAGGAGAGACGGCUGUACCUCCGUACCCCAGGGGCUGUUAAAGGCGGCCAGGAAAAGCCAGUUAAACUUAUCGGGUAGGAACCUCACUGAAGUGCCUCAAUGUGUUUGGAGAAUAAAUGUGGAUGUUCCUGAGGAGGCUAAUCAGAAUCUUUCAUUCAGCGCUACUGAACGAUGGUGGGAGCAGAUAGAUUUGACCAAACUAAUCAUAUCAAACAAUAAACUGCAGUCACUUACAGAUGACCUCCGACUUCUGCCUGCAUUGACUGUUCUUGAUAUACAUGACAAUCUGCUGACAUCGCUUCCUUCUGCGAUAAGAGAGCUAGAAAAUCUUCAGAAACUUAAUGUCAGCCACAACAAACUGAAAACACUCCCUGAAGAAAUUAGAAAUCUAAAAAACCUGAAGGGCCUGUAUCUCCAGCAUAAUGAGCUAACUUCUAUACCAGAGGGAUUUGAACAACUUUCCAAUUUGGAAGAUCUAGAUCUUUCGAACAAUCGUCUUACAACUGUUCCUGAUAGAUUUUCUUCUCUAUCCAGCCUGGUGCGACUCAAUCUUUCCAGUAAUCAACUGAGGAGUUUGCCAACAGAAAUAAGUAGAAUGAAAAGGUUAAAACAUUUGGAUUGCAAUUCAAAUCUCUUGGAAAACAUACCCCCUGAAUUGGCUGGCAUGGAAUCAUUAGAAUUACUCUAUUUGCGAAGGAAUAAAUUGCAUUUUCUACCAGAAUUUCCUUCUUGUAAACAACUGAAGGAACUACAUGUAGGUGAAAACCAGAUUGAAAUUUUAGGGGCAGAACAUCUUAGGCAUCUGAAUUCUAUCCUUGUGCUAGACCUGAGAGAUAACAAGUUAAAAUCUGUUCCAGAUGAAAUUACACUACUACAGUCUUUGGAAAGACUUGACCUAAGUAACAACGAUCUUAGUAGUUUACCGUCUUCAUUGGGAAACCUUCAUUUGAAAUUCCUAGCCCUAGAAGGAAAUCCUUUGAGAACUAUUCGAAGAGAAAUUAUAAAUAAAGGAACCCAAGAAGUCCUAAAAUAUCUACGAAGUAAGAUCAAAGAUGAUGGACCUUGCCAAAGUGACUCCACUACUGAGACUGCUAUGACACUACCAAGUGAAUCCAGAGUGAAUGUACAUGCCAUCGUCACAUUAAAAAUAUUAGACUAUAGUGAUAAGCAAACAACUUUGAUUCCUGAUGAAGUGUUUGAUGCAGUAAAAAACAACAUAGUCACAUCUAUUAACUUCAGUAAGAAUCAGCUCUGUGAAAUUCCACAAAGGAUUGUAGAGCUAAAAGAAAUGGUUUCUGAUGUCAAUCUCAGUUUUAAUAAGCUUUCCUUUAUAUCCUUGGAGUUGUGUAUGCUUCAGAAAUUGACAUUUUUAGACCUCAGAAACAAUCUUUUAAGUUCUUUGCCUGAAGAAAUGGAAGCGUUGAUAAAACUGCAGGUGAUCAAUCUUUCCUUUAAUAGGUUCAAAAUAUUACCUGAUGUUCUAUAUCGUAUCCCCACACUUGAGACAAUUCUGAUUAGUAACAAUCAGGUUGGAUCUGUGGACCCUCAGAAAAUGAAGAUGAUGGAAAACCUGAGCACCUUGGACUUGCAGAACAAUGACCUCCUACAGAUUCCACCAGAGCUCGGUAACUGUGUGAACUUAAGAACAUUACUACCAAAUGGAAAUCCAUUCCGCGUUCCUCGAGCAGCCAUAUUAAUGAAAGGAACAGCUGCUAUACUGGAAUAUUUGAGAGACCGAAUUCCUACUUAAAUUGCAAUUGUUUUAUAAGCCUCAUCAUGUUAAUUCUUAGAUGCAUAUAAUAUUUUUAGUUAACAUCCAAAGAUGAUUGCUGUAACUGAUCUUAUAGUUUUACAGGGUCACCUGGCCAUGGUGUAAUUGGCCUGGGCCACAUUCACUAUUGUUCCACUGACAGCUGUUUAACAUUUUUCUAAAGUGUUGUAUACUUUUUAUUAGUGAUAACCGUGGUUAGCGUUCGUACUUUGUUCUGUUUUACACAGCAGUCAUACUACUCACAUGUCAUUCCCUUAUAAUAGCAGUUUUUUUCAAAAGUGAAUUUUUAUUUAAUGUGGGUUGAUAUUUUUAUAGUAACAAAGACUUUUUGUGAACUGGGCUUUUUUCCCCACUUGUUUCUUUUUUGUAUUCCAUAUAAUGUGAUCAGUUGACUAGAAUAUUACUAUACAGUUUCUACCUUUUUAUUAGAUAUAAAAUUGAGUUGAAUUUUACUGAAUACUGCUUUUUGGCAUUUAAAAAAAUAAGACUUUUCAUUAUCCAUAACAGGACUCUUGUGAAGUGUUUGGCCUUAUUUUCUCCUCAUUGAGAGUAUGACAUUUAAAAAUACUUUUUUUUUCCCAAAAAGAUAUUGAAGACUUUAAUUCUAUAUAUACUGACAAUAGAAAACAUAUACCAUGUAGAAAUUUUAAAAUGUACUUAACGCUUUUUUAAAAAUAAGACAGAAGGCAUAUAUGCUUGCCAGAGACAGAGCAUAGGAGGGAGACAGCAUUUGUCAGUGGGGUAUGGUCACCCCACAGUCUCUCCCCCUCCAUUUCUUCAUUCUAAGGAUAUGGGGCAUGCACAUAUGCCUGGUUUGUUUUUCAAGCUACUGGAGUAAGGAUUCGAGCCAUGCACUCAGCAAUGUGAGAGCUGGCUCCCUUAACCAGUAGGCCUCAGAGCCAGCCUAUGAAAACUUAUUAGCAGGUAUUUGCAUACCUGAUGUACUCUGUGGGUCUAUUUUAAUCCAAACUUGUGCAUCUUUUUAUUUCCAACCCCUUACUUUUAGAUUUUGCUUGCAAUCUUGAUAAGACUGAGGUUGUAGUUACGUAGUAGUUUUGUGAAAGGGAAUUUGACAUAGGUAAACUUGAUUUAAUAAAAAUCAAAUAUAAACAUUUUUGUUUACAUAAAAAUUAGGAGAAAUAGGUUGAUCCAGCUUUAUAACAUUUACCAUAUAAUUCUGUUAAGUGACCAAUUAAAUAGCAUGUGUGUCAAUUUAGAUAGACAGCUCUGGAUGAUUGAGGCAUGCUUAGAUUAUGAAAAACAGUUAUUGUUAAUCAAUAUUUCAUGUUAUAAUAAAAAUUACAUUUUUCAAGUA